AUGAGAAACUUGUGUAUGUGGCAAGUUUGUUCUAAAAAAGGAUUUUUUAAGUCACAAGAAAAAUAUUGCGUCUGUUAUAGUCACUAUGAAGACUCGAAACUUGGACAAUUCUUUACAUGUUUGUAUAGCCUCGUUGUUAACAACAUUGAUUCCCAUGGUAAAAUUAAAUGGACCAAAGAUCUUUCUAAAGUAGCAUCACCGGAAAACAAACCCGUAAACAUAACAUUUUUAGGUUUAGUAAACUUAGUAAGUGUAGGUUUGGCGAAUGGGGAACUCUUUACACUAAGCAGUUCUGGAGCUGAUUGUGAACUAGUGGGAGUAUGCGAUAAAGGAUUACUGGCAAUGGAAUGGAGCCCAGACCAAGAAUUAUUAGUUUUAGUUACAAAGGAUUUCAAUGUUGUACUAAUGUCUUGUACGUUUGAUCCAAUAAAGGAAUCUAACUUAUUAUGUGAUGAGUUUGGAGAGAAGCAGUUCAUAACUGUAGGUUGGGGUAAAAAGGAGACCCAGUUCCACGGUUCAGAAGGAAAACAGGCUAGGGUUAAAUCUGAUGUGAUUCCAAGUAAGUAUUUUUGAAAUUCCAACAAUCAAACAAGCGACAAAAUAAUAAUAUCUUGGAGGGGAGAUGGCAGUUUAUUUGCUGUGGCUUAUGCUAUGGGUGGUGUUAGAAGAUUCAAAGUUUUUGAUAGAGAAGGUAAUUUGCAUUUCACAAGCGAAAAACAUCAUGGUCUUGAAGCUAACCUUUCUUGGAGACCAAGUGGAAACUUAAUUGCUACAACCCUGAAACAGGGAGACAAAUGCCACAUUGCAUUCUUUGAAAAAAAUGGCCUAAAACAUGGAGAAUUUGUUAUACCCAUUGAUUCUGCAAACAUUGUUGAAGAUUUAUUAUGGAGUUCUGAUUCAGAGAUACUGACCAUAUUGUGUAAAGAUCAAUCAGAAAAUGUUCACAAAGUUUUAUUGUUUACCAUGAGCAAUUAUCACUGGUAUCAAAAGCAGACUCUUGUUUUCAAACUGAGUGUUAUUAAAAUUAUGUGGGAUAAUGAUUUUGAUGUGGCAAAUAAUAAGAAAUUGCAUAUCUUAUUAGAAGAUGGACAUUAUUAUUCAUAUACGUGGAUAUGGAAUAUAGAUCACAGUAAAGGAAAAACAGAAACGGAUGAUGCCGUUGUAACCGUUAUUGAUGGGAGGAAAAUUUUGAUUUCUGCAUUUAGAUAUGCUGUUGUACCACCACCAAUGGCUAAUUUGGAAAUUGAAAUGAAUUCUGAAAUCAACUCAGUAUUAUUUGCUCCGGAGAAUGUGAAUAAUUUAAAUUCAAAUAUGUUUGUUGUAGUAACAACUAGCAGUAUGGUGUUUGUUGAACAAACUAACAAAAAAUGUUUACAGUAUGAAAUAACAAAAACAAUACCUUUCAAUGGAAAUCUCUUCCCUUUUCAACAUUAUAAUUGGUACUGGUUGGAUUGUGAUAUAUUUUUAUGUGCUAAAGUUGAAAACAACAACUGUUACAAAAUAAUUAAGUAUAAAAUAUCAGAUGGAAUUUUAGAGAGAGAACAUGAACAAAUUUUAUCUUCAGGGGUCACAAGAAUCCAUUCUCAUCCAUCUCUUGCAUCUGUAGUAUUUCUGCAAUUAGAUUCUGGUGAAAUCAUACAGUAUUACUCUGAUGGAACUUUUACACCACAAGAGGUUUCAUUUCCUGAAGCAUGUCCUAAAUUUAGUGUUCUAUUAGUAGAUAAUGAUGUUUAUUUCCUUGGAUUGUCAUAUAAAGGCUACUUAUACCUCAUGGAUGUCAUGGUCAUGAAUAAUGUUAGUUCAUUCUUUGUUCAUACUGGUUACUUGUUAUUGACAACAUUUAAACACUUGCUUUUAUGUGUAGAGCUUACAAAAGUAGGAAUAAAUAGCAUUGAAUCAUUUGAUAAGAGUGAAAAAUCAGAUAUAUAUAAAAGAAAAAUAGAGAGGGGAGCAAAAUUAGUUAUUGCAGUACCUAGAGACACAAGGACUAUUUUUCAAAUGCCAAGGGGUAAUUUGGAAACUAUACAACCCAGACCUUUGUCACUCAAAAUAAUUGGAGAGUACCUUGAUACAUGCAAAUAUUAUGAGGCCUUUGAUUUAAUGAGGAAGCAAAGAAUUAAUCUUAAUUUAAUAUAUGAUCAUGAUCCUAAACUUUUUGAGAAAAAUAUUGAUGCGUUUCUUAGUACAAUAAAAAACAAUUCUUGGCUUAGUUUAUUCUUAUCUGAUCUUGAGAAUGUAGAUGUAACAAAAACUAUGUAUUCAAGCAGCUACACCAGCAGAGAUAAUGUUUCAGACAAAGUACUUGAAAAGAAGGUACAUUUUGUAUGUAAUCUUGUAAAAUUACAUUUAACCAAAUCAGCAGACAGUGCAAAUAGAAUUUUACCAUUAUUGACAGCAUAUGUGAAGAAAAAUACUGUAAAUGAUUUAGAGGAAGCACUUAUUCUUAUCAAAGAUCUAAAAAAACAAGAAUCUGCUGGAACAAAGUUACCAGUUACAGCUGAUGAGGCACUAAAGUACUUACUAUACAUGGUGAAUGUAGACAAUUUAUUUGAUGUUGCUUUGGGAAUGUAUGAUUUCGACCUUGUUUUGUUCGUAGCAAACAAAUCACAAAAAGAUCCAAAGGAAUACAUUUCUAUGUUAAAUGAACUGAAUGAAAUGGACGAAGACUACAAAAAAUUCACAAUUAAUAAACAUCUGAAAAGAUUUGAUAAAGCUGUACAAUGCCUUGCAAGAAGUGGGUCAAGCAAAUAUGGUGAAUUAAGAACAUUUGUUAAAUAUCACAGUCUGUAUAGGACAGCUUUAGCUCUAUUUUCAGUUGAAGAUGAAAUAUUUAAACAAAUAUCUGAUGACUUUGGAUUGUAUCUGAAACUAAAGAAGCAAUUUAUAGAAGCGGGCAUAAUUUAUGAAAGAGCAGGAAGUGUUGACAAAGCUAUUGAAUGUUACAAGGAUGCCCUUGAAUGGGAAUUAGCAAUGAAAUUAGCACAAUGUAAACCUAGAGAAGAAUUUAAAAAGUUCUGUUGGGAACUUGCAAUCAGUUUGAAGGAAGAAAAACGAUUUAAAGAAGCUUUAGCAAUUGUAGAAGAAUUUUCAGAAGAUAGUGAAAAUGUUAUCAUUUUUGCUAUUGAGUGUGGACAGUAUAAAACAGCAAUGAAGUUAUGUACCAAAUUCAAACAUUUAUACUUAAUAGAUAAGAAAUUAUUACCAUCACUGUUGGAAGAGUACUACUCCUUGAAGGACUUGCUAGACACAAACUGGAACAAUUUCAUUAAGUACAGGAAUCGUCUUCAAAUUGUAAGAGAAAUUAAAUGUAAAAAGUCUAUGGAAGAGUUGGACACACCUUAUGCUAACAAGGAUAGUGAUUUAUAUUCUGAUGCUGGAAGUACCAUUGCUUCUUCUUCCGGAUCAGGGAGGUCAUACAGAUCAAGUAAGAACAGAAGAAAACAUGAACGUAAAGUAGCAUCUCUUAAAGAAGGAUCACAAUACGAGGAUACUGCACUUGUAAUAGCCCUGCAUAGUCUUGUUACAUCAACAUUUGAAUUGCGCUUGCAUGUAAAAGAAAUCAAUAUAGCAUUAUCUUGUUUAAGCAAAGAUGACAAAGCUUUAAUUCUUCAGUCAAGUUUGGAAAGUUUGUUGAAAGAAAUGAAAGAGAGCUUAAAAACUAUCUGGAGCAAUGCUUUUACUUUAGAAGCUACAAAUGCAGCUAUUGCGGCGGAAAAUGUACCUGAAGGAUGUAGUGUUAUCCCUCAAGGUAUUGCUACACUAGAUUCUCAUCUAAGAAUAGCUCCAGUUAUACAAGAAUUAAAUUGGAAACUGAGUGGAUUAAACAGUUUAUAAUCUUUGAAA